GAGCGAGCAAAAGUUUGGCGCUGCGGAGGACGGGGCUGCCCGGCGGAGGGGCAGGGCGAGGCGCGGAGUAGCCCACGCGGGAAAGAUGGGAAAUGCCUCUGAUUCUUCAGCGUUCACAUCCACCUUAUCAGAGAGAGAAGACCUGAUUUUUGGCACACUCUAUUUGCUCUUUGGCAUAGUUUCUCUCUUUGGAAAUUCCCUGCUCUUGCUGGUGGCCUAUCGGAAGAGAUCUAUGUUGAAGCCUGCUGAAUUCUUCAUUGUGAACCUGGCUAUCAGUGACCUGGGCAUGACGGUGACCCUCUUCCCUUUGGCCACGCCAUCCUUCUUUGCACACAGAUGGCUGUUUAACCAUGCGAUGUGCACAUUCUAUGCAUUCUCCGCCAUGUUCUUUGGCCUCUGCAGUCUUACCAGCCUGACAGUGUUAAGCACGGUUUGCUGCCUGAAGGUCUGUUAUCCAGCAUGUGGCAAUAAGUUCUCUCCCACACACGCUGGUGUCCUGUUACUGUGUGUCUGGGCAUAUGCCCUUGUCUUUGCCAUAGCUCCUCUAGCCAACUGGGGCAGUUAUGGACCAGAGCCCUAUGGGACAGCCUGCUGCCUUAAGUGGAAAGCUUCAACCAGGGAGGCAGUGAUCUAUAUCGUGGCCCUCUUCAUCUUCUGUUACCUCUUCCCUUGCCUUCUGAUCCUCAUCUCCUACUCGCUCAUCCUUUGGACUGUGAAAGUGUCCCGAAGAGCCGUGAAGCAGCACAUAUCACUGCAGAGCAAAGCCAACAGCGUGCACAGCUUGAUUGUAAAGCUAAGCAUUGCUGUGUGCAUUGGAUUUCUGGCUGCUUGGACCCCAUACGCAAUUGUUGCCAUGUGGGCAGCCUUUGGAGAUGCCAGCCAGGUUCCAGUUCUGGCCUUUGCACUCUCUGCUGUUUUUGCCAAGUCCUCAACGACCUACAACCCUCUGGUCUAUCUGCUCUUCAAACCCAACUUCCAGAAGUUCCUCUCCAAAGACCUGUCCCUGCUGCAGGCCAUCUGUGCUGUCAUCUGCUGCAGCCACCAAAGUGUCAUCACACUCCAGUCUUUCCAGACCAGAGAGGGCAGAACCUCUGCCAGGCUCUCCACAGCCUUCCCUGAGUCCCCUGGGGCUUGCAGGAACUGCAACGACACUUUUGAAUGUUUUAGUAACUAUCCCAGGUGCUAUAAGCUCACCCAGCAACCCGACCCUACAGACAGGCCUAAUCUCCUGGCAGACAGGCCUGCUUGCCAGCCGGCUCUGAAAAGGACCGUGCAGGUCAUGGUGCUUGUUACCAGGAAGAAGACGGGAAUGGGGACUACAAGCGUGGCAGGAAAUGUUCUGCCUUCAGACCUUGUGAAAGAUCUUAUCUGA